AUACUAAAAAUUGUUUCUAGCCUGCUACCAUUCUGGCAUAAUGAAGAAAAUAAAAGGCCAACUCCACUUUACCAACGGCCAAGCAGGCUGACUUGACUUUCCAAGAAACUGGUUACUUGGAUUGGUUGUUCUCUGUUUUGCAUUCGGUCUGCAGCAACUUCGUCUCCAACUCAACUGAACUCUGCUCACAGGGAGCUGAAAUAAGAAGGAACCAUAGGGAGGAAAUGGUUGAUCCCAUCCCAUCAAAGGUCAAGAGCACCUGGGAGAAAUGGAAUAUCCGAGGGACUAUUCUGUUCAGUCUCUCAAUGCAGACCUACCUGAUUUUGUUCGCCCCAUACAGAAAAUGCACAAGGAACAAACUCUUAAUCAUAGUCAUCUGGUCGGCUUACUUGCUGGCCGAUGCGGCUGCUAAUUUCACUGUGGGUCUCAUCUCCAACAGGCAAGGCGGUGAUACUAAAUCUGGUUCUAAGGAGAACAAUGCUCUUGUAGCGUUCUGGGCUCCCUUUCUUUUGCUACACCUUGGUGGUCCCGAUACAAUUACUGCUUUUGCUCUUGAAGAUAACGAACUCUGGCUUAGGCACUUACUGGGUCUCGGCUUUCAAGCUGUUGCCACUCUUUAUGUCUUUGUUCAAUCAAUUCCAAACAAGCUAUGGAUCUCCACUACCCUCAUGUUUGUUGCUGGAACCAUCAAGUACGUUGAGCGGACGCGUGCUCUGUAUCUCGCGAGCUUGGACAGGUUUCGAGAUUCCAUGCUCAAAGAAGCCGAUCCUGGGCCAAACUACGCAAAGCUUAUGGAGGAAUACGCUUUCAAGAGAGAGAACAAACUUCCAGCGCAAAUAAUCAUGGUUUCAGAGCCUGAUAAAGAAGCCAGGGCUACUGACGUUCCAGUGAAGAAAGGCUGGUUGAACGAUCUCGAAGUGGUGCAUUAUGCUUAUAAGUACUUCCUAAUCUUCAAGGGGCUUGUUGUGGAUCUCAUCUUCAGCUUUCGCGAACGUAACGAGAGCCGGGAAUUCUUCAAAGAAAGAGAAGCAGAUGAUGCUCUGAGGGUAAUCGAGGUUGAACUCAACUUCAUCUAUGAGGUUCUUUAUACUAAGGUGGAAGUUGUGCAUUCCAUUUGGGGAUAUAUAUUUCGAGGAAUAGCCUUUGGGUCCGUUUUAGCAGCUCUUGGACUCUUCCAUUUCAAAACAGAUAGACAUGAGUUUAACGAAUUUGAUGUUGGAAUCACCUACACCUUGCUCCUGGGUGCCAUAGCUCUGGAUGUAAUAGCCCUCCUUAUGCUCAUUUUCUCAGACUGGACUUUCGCUACCAUCAAGGACCCUGAUUCGAAUUCGGGGAUCAUCGCUAUGAUCUUCAAAGGCUUCCUUUGGUUGAAGAGGCCACGGUGGCGACGUCAUCCCUGUAAGACAGCGAAUCCUAAACUGGAGACGACACAUUAUGUGCUGGCAACUCCCAUUGUGGUCCGCAGGUGGUCUGGAUCUCUCUCAUCCUACAAUUUGGUAAGCUAUUGCCUGAAAAGCCACUCUAGUAGAAUCCACAAAUUCACGAGAUGGCCGCUUGUUAUCGCUGAGAAAAUCACUGGCUUUCUUCACAUUGACGGAUGUUAUCGGUUUGUUGUUGAUCUGAUUAAAGCUGUCAUUAAAAAGGUCAUCGAGUUUCUGUCUUGUGUGAUAUGUAUCUUGGGUUUUAUCAAGGAUAAAGUCGGUAAGCUUUUCACUUUUGUUGUCGGUAAGUUCAAGCAGAUUCCUAGCCUACUCCGUAUCAUCAGCAAAAUAAGUGUAUUCUUAAGCUAUGCUCAUAAAAUCAUCAUGGGAAGUAUGGGUCUUAAUGACUUGAUAGAUCAGAUACUAUAUGUAUCCCGCGAGCCAUUUACUAAAGAGCUAUGGAGGUUCAUCUUUAACGAGCUGAAAACCAAAGCCGACUAUGCAGAUGAUCCUGAAGCAGCCAAGAGGAUAUCUGCUGCCAGAGGUGAAUGGGUUCUGACGGACAGUGACACAAAAGUUGAUCGUAGCACGUUGAUGCAAUAUGUGACUGAUGUUCAAUAUGAUGAAAGCCUUCUAUUGUGGCACAUUGCCACUGAUAUCUGCUACAACACUCCCGAUGAAAAGCUAGUGGACAAGGAAAGUUUUGAUUAUCGAGAAUUCAGUAAGCUUCUCUCUGAUUACAUGCUAUAUCUUUUAAUCAUGCAGCCGACUAUGAUGUCUGCUGUAGGAGGUAUUGGAAAGAUAAGAUUUCGAGACACUUGUGCAGAGGCUGAAAGAUUCUUUGAGAGGCGGGGUUUACUAUCUAAGCGAAAAGGCAACAAAAGGAAAGAAAAUAGAGUGGCCGAGGCCUGUGAGGCAAUUAUUUCCGUGAAUACAGAUGUUAAACCUGUGACUGUGAAGGGAGACAGGAGUAAAUCUGUGUUGUUCGAUGCAAGUAUGCUGGCCAAAGAACUAAACGUUUUGGAGAAGAAGGGGCUGCAGAAAUGGAAAUUACUGAGCAGGGUGUGGGUGGAAUUGAUCUCAUAUGCAGCGAGUCACUGCAGAGCAAACACGCACGCUCAGCAACUGAGUAAAGGUGGGGAGCUUUUAACUUUCAUUUGGUUGCUGAUGGCUCACUUUGGUCUUGGGGAGCAGUUCCAGAUCAAUGAGGGACAUGCAAGGGCAAAAUUGAUUGUGGGAAAGUAACCAAUGUAACCCAUACCAAUGCAAUGUUUCACCUGUGUUUUCUUUUACUUUCGAGUUAUCUCCGCAAGAAAUGGAAAAUGUAAUUUUGUGCAAGAUCAUAGAUUACCUUAGCAAGAAUUUGAGGUUAUGGCUUCUUUUCAUCACUGCCAAUUCCCUCUUAUAUUUCACUCUGUUACUUAAAUGCUCAAAUAACAAAAAACUUUUAACAGGGUGGGUAAAGAACUAGACCAACCCCUGCAAAAGGUAGAUUACAUUG